AUGCACCUUGACGACUUGGACACCCGCGACCGCGCGGGCAGUCGUGGGCACUACAACAGCCGGCACCAGGGUCGCCGAGAAGGCAUGCCAACGGGCGCUAGUCCGACGUUGCAUCUCCUCCAGUUGCUAGCCGUGCUUGACAGGCGCGGCAGCAGCUUGGUGCAAACCUUGCUCGUGGGCCUCAGUCUGCUUCUUCUAUACGUGCAGCUGCUCGACGAGGACUUCUUGUCGGCGGCGCUGCUCCUCUAG